AGCCUUAAUGUUUAAUGGUGACUACGGGAAUGGACUGCAACCCAUCGCCUACCUCAGCCAGAAACUGCACGGGGCAGAACUAAAUUACCCGAUACAUGACAAAGAGGCUUUUGCUAUUAUCAUCGCAUUCAAAACGUGGAGAUUUUAUCUCGAAGGACGAAAAACAACCGUCUACAUUGAUCACUGCAUCCUAAAAUAUUUGAAGACACAACCAAACCUCUCCAGGCGGCAGGUCCGGUGGAUUGACUUCCUCGAGAUGCACUUCCACUACGACAACGUGUACAAGCCUGACCACAAAAACAAAGCAGAUGCUCUCAGCCGGCCUGGACAUGUUGCCACUAUCCAGGUCGAACGGAUGAACCCGCUACUCAAGGAAAUCUUCACACACGGGUACACCAUUGACCCCGAAAUUCCCUUAGCAGAGAAUAAGUUCUGGAAGGAACUUAUGUCUAUGCUUGAGACCAAACUCGCCAUGUCAUCCGCAUACCAUCCCCAGACAGAUGGACAGACUGAGCGUCUCAACCGAAUUGUAGAGCAGCUUCUUCAAGCAGCAUGCAAGGACGAAAUCUCUAAAUGGAACUUGCAUCUGCCCGUCAUGGAGUUUGCCUACAACAACGCCACUCACGUCACUACUGGACAGACGCCGUUUUUCCUCUAUUACGGACACAACCCACUCACCCCACAAAAAUUGACAGCACCAGCCACAAAUGAGACCUAGAAGGCGACGGACUAGGGGCAUGGACAUCACAUACCUGUUUCAAAGCCGCUAAUUACCCCGUAGAACGAUGCAGGCCGCCUUAGCAAUCAGGCCACUUGUUUAC